AUGAAAUCUACCGCGGUUAGGGCUUUCCUGAUCUGUCUAAUUCUCUGUGCCGGCUCGGGCUUCGUUCAUGGCGAGGAGCCGGCGAAAAAUAAGUUCAGGGAACGUGAGGCCAGUGACGAUUCCCUUGGCUAUCCAAACAUAGAUGAGGAUGCAUUGUUGAAUACGCAGUGCCCUGCGAAAUUGGAGCUAAGAUGGCAAACUGAAGUUAGUUCUAGCAUAUAUGCCACGCCCUUGAUCGCCGAUAUUAAUAGUGAUGGAAAGCUUGAGAUUGUGGUUCCUUCUUUUGUUCACUAUCUUGAAGUUCUAGAAGGUUCUGACGGAGACAAACAUCCUGGUUGGCCUGCUUUCCAUCAGUCAACUGUACAUGCCAGUCCUCUCCUCUAUGAUAUUGACAAGGAUGGUGUGAGAGAAAUAACUUUGGCAACCUACAAUGGUGAAGUUCUAUUUUUCAGGGUCUCAGGCUACAUGAUGGUAGAUAAACUUGUAGUACCUCGUAGGAAAGUUAAAAAGAACUGGUAUGGGGGUUUGCAUCCAGAUCCCGUGGAUCGUACUCAUCCAGAUGUUAAUGAUGAUUCUCUUGUCAUGGAGGCUAUGAAAUCAACUCAUCAAACAGAUGGAAGUACACCUAAAUUAAACAACUCUGCUACUAUUUCAACAGAAAGCCAUCCUGAUUUAAACAGUUCAAGUACUGUUUCAAAAGAAAGCCAUCCUGAUUUAAACAGUUCAAGUACUAUUUCAAAAGAAAGCAACCUUAGCAUGGUGAAUGCAUCAAAUCCAGAGAAUAAAUUGGAAACAAAUUCAAGUCGUGUAGAAACAGUUAUCAAGUUGCCUACAAGCACAGACAAUUCUUCUGUGAAAACUGUGUCAGAGGAGACUGUUAAUGCAGUGAAUGCAACUAGUUCUGGGAGACGACUUUUGGAAGACAAAAACUCGAGCGAAUCGCUGGAGGUUGGUUCUGAAUCCAAAAAUAAUAGUAAGGAGGAUGUUCCUAUUGCAACUGUAGAAAAUGAUGGACGUCUGGAAGGAGAUGCCGAUUCAUCUUUUGAUUUAUUCCGUAACAGUGAUGAACUGGCUGAUGAGUAUAGUUAUGACUAUGAUGAUUAUGUUGAUGAAUCAAUGUGGGGAGAUGAGGAGUGGACUGAAGAGCAACAUGAGAAGCUGGAGGAUUAUGUCAAUGUUGAUGCCCACAUUCUCUGCACUCCUGUCAUAGCGGACAUUGAUAAUGAUGGAGUAUCAGAAAUGGUUGUUGCUGUAUCUUACUUCUUUGAUCAUGAGUAUUAUGACAACCCGGAGCGUAUGAAGGAAUUAGGUGACAUUGAUAUUGGAAAGUAUGUAGCUGGUUCAAUUGUUGUAUUCAAUCUUGACACAAAGCAAGUAAAGUGGACUGCUGAACUAGAUCUGAGUACAGAGACUGGGCAGUUCCAUGCUCAUAUAUAUUCUUCUCCAACUGUUGUGGAUUUGGAUGGUGAUGGGAAUUUGGACAUUCUUGUCGGGACUUCCUUUGGCUUGUUUUAUGUCUUGGAUCAUCAUGGCAAGGUAAGGGAAAAAUUUCCUCUUGAAAUGGCUGAAAUUCAAGGAGCUGUUGUUGCUGCUGAUAUCAAUGAUGAUGGAAAAAUUGAACUAGUGACUACUGAUGCUCAUGGAAAUGUUGCUGCAUGGACUCCACAAGGAGUAGAAAUUUGGGAAACGCAUCUUAAGAGUUUAGUUCCCCAGGGUCCCACUAUUGGUGAUGUUGAUGGGGAUGGCCGUACUGAUGUUGUGGUUCCAACCCUAUCAGGGAACAUAUAUGUUCUCAGUGGCAAAGAUGGGUCAAUUGUUCAUCCAUAUCCAUAUAGAACUCAUGGGAGAGUUAUGAAUCAAGUUCUUCUAGUUGAUUUAAGUAAAAAAGGAGAGAAGAAGAAGGGACUCACCCUUGUUACAACUUCAUUUGAUGGAUACUUAUACAUAAUUGAUGGACCAACAUCAUGCACAGAUGUUGUUGAUAUUGGUGAAACUUCAUAUAGCAUGGUCUUGGCAGACAAUGUUGAUGGUGGAGAUGAUCUCGAUCUUAUUGUUUCAACCAUGAAUGGCAAUGUGUUUUGCUUCUCGACUCCCGCUUCACAUCAUCCCCUCAAGGCAUGGAGAUUACCUAAUCAAGGACGAAAUCAUGUUGCCAAUAGGUACAACCGUGAAGGUGUCUUUGUCUCACAUUCAUCAAGAGCCUUCCGUGAUGAAGAGGGCAAGAACUUCUGGGUGGAGAUUGAGAUUAUAGAUAGCUAUAGAUACCCAUCUGGGUUGCAAGCACCAUAUAAUGUCACGACAACCUUGUUAGUGCCCGGUAACUACCAAGGAGAGAGAAGGAUUGUGGUAAACGAGAUCUUCAAUCGUCCUGGAAAAUACCGUAUAAAGCUUCCAACAGUUGGUGUAAGGACAACGGGGACUGUUAUGGUGGAGAUGGUUGACAAGAACGGACUCUACUUUACAGAUGAUUUCUCCCUCACAUUCCAUAUGUAUUAUUACAGACUGUUGAAGUGGCUGCUCGUCCUACCGAUGAUGGGAAUGUUCGGCGUGCUUGUAAUCCUUCGUCCUCAGGAAGCUGUGCCUUUGCCAUCAUUUUCGCGGAACACUGACUAA